AUGUUUGACGGUCGUACUGCAAAGUGCAUUUUUUCUGGAUUUGAACUUAUUGAUAGUAUUGAAGAACUUAAAAAUUACCUGUGUCAAUUUAUUACUUGGCUGAAAAAAGAAGAUGGUUCAGAUUAUAAAGUUGAGUCUAUUUAUAGUUACCUAAAAGAGCAUAGUGUUCUUCAAUUAAUAAAACUUUGGAAUCAUUACAAAUUUUCUUGUACUCUUCAUACACUUGAUGGUAAAAUGAAUAUUCUACAAAGCAAAGAAUUAAGUGAUCCAAAAAAGUCUGACAGUUUGUCUUUGGAAGAAAUUGAGCAAAUACUUAACUAUCUAUAUAUGAACAUCAAUUCUAAUAAAUCACUAUGCCAUCAUGUCUUUUUUUGGUUAUGUUUACCAUGUGGCCUGCGAGGUGGUGAUGCAUAUCAAAUUAAUAGGCAAGAUCUUCAUUAUACUCCAGUUAGAAAUAUUUUUUUCUAUUUAUCUAAAUUAUCUAAUUCAUCAUCUUCACAAAAUCCAUUGUUUCAUAAUACUUGUAAAAACAAAAAAGGCUUCUGGUAUAAAAGUAGUCAAAUGGGUUAUACAAAACUUAGAAAAAUAAUGAAUAAUAUUGUAUUAAAUAUUGACAUCAAUCUUGAUAAUGAUCAGUUAAUUACUAAUUACUUUUGUCAUUGUACAGCAAUCCAGCUAUUAAAAAAUAAUAGAGUAUCUGAAUCAGAACUUCAGGCAUUCUCUGGUCAUUGUUUACAAGAAAACUUGGAUGAGUAUAAAUUCAAUAAUGCAUAUAUUGGUUCUUUGAAUGAAGAAUUAGAUGACUAUAAUCCACCAGAAUCAUCUAACAUGUUUAUUCAGAAAGUUUCAGAUGUGAUACAAGAAAUUCAAGCUUCAGAAUUGUCUAACAUGUUAAUUCAGAAAAGUUCAAAUAUAAUACAAGAAAUUUAA